GUUUGGAUGGUCAUGUUGAUGGAACAUGAAGUCGACGUGAAAACAAGGCGGAGACCGAAUUGGUAGUUUGAUGACCGACGAUCGAGAAGGAGAAAGACCUCGGCCAUUCACGUGACAGCCUCCCAAGCAACCAACAUCUGAGCCGAGGCAAUCUGGCUGCUGAGCGAGGGAUGAGUGAGAAAGGCUACAGAAGAGAGGAGACUUGUGGCAAGCACCAAGGAGCCAGACACAUUGGCUUGUAUUUAAUAACCUGGCCAGCGCUCAUUUCUCUCCUUCCCUCAUUCUCCAGAGCCACCCAAAAGACCCAGUUACACCCGCAGGAGGGACAAUCAGAAAGAAGGUCAUCUAUCUCACAGUCCAAACCCAGCAUCAUGGCGCUGAGAAACUUUUCGAACUUCAAGUUUUACAAUGUCACGGUUCCGGCCGAAUAUGUGGUGCACGUCGAGAUCAACCGUCCAGAAAAGCUCAACGCCUUCUUCGCGCCCAUGUGGUUUGAAUUGAAGGCCAUCAUCGAACAGCUGUCCCACGACCCCGAAGUCCGGUGUAUCUUGCUUUCGGGCGCUGGAGACCGAGCAUUUACUGCAGGCCUGGAUGUCGAGCAAGCGGCGAAAGCUGACAACCCUCUCUCAUCAACUUUCUCGGAUCCCUCGCGGAAGGCGACCGUCAUCCGGAGGCAUAUACUCGAGCUACAGGAAGUCAUUUCGGCUGUCGCGCGUUGCGAGAAGCCCAUCAUUGCGCUACUUCACGGCUACACUUACGGACUCGGGAUUGACCUGUCAUCAGCGUGCGAUUUGCGCUUUUGCACCAGCGACACCAAAUUCUGCGUCAAGGAGGUUGACAUUGGGUUGGCGGCCGACGUGGGGACUCUAAGCCGACUGCCCAAGGUCGUGGGGGGUGUGACCAGUUGGGUUAAAGACGUCUGCCUCAGUGCACGACCAUUUUCCGCCGAGGAAGCGCUCAAGAACAACUUUGUGAGCCAAGUGGUAAACGGGAGCAAGGCUGAGCUCGUUCAGGAAGGCGUCAAAUACGCCAAAUACCUGUCGACCAAGAGCCCUGUUGCCGUCCAAGGCACGAAGAACAUCCUCGAUGCAGCGUGGGGGAGGACCGUCGAAGACAAUCUCAACUAUACUGCGGUCUGGAAUGCGGGUAUGGUGCAAAGCACCGAUGUUCAGAGAGCCAUGCUCAGCGGCCUCCAGAAAAGGACGCCGACGUUUGAAAAGCUCUAGAUUAGUGUAAUGUGGGAAGGUUGUUAUGAACUCCCAAUGUCGGUGAUGCUUGAUUCGUAAAAGCUGUCCUUGAUAGAUCGAAUAGCGGUUGGGCCUUGAAUCACAUGGAAGGAUUGAGGUUGGAUUGGUUGGCAGAUGGGCAACAGUCAGCAAGGCUUUCCAUCCUGUUUCGAGCUGUUUCUGGGUCGACGGUGGAGGAGGUCGGGAGUCAGCACAUGUUGCUUCCCUGCGGUACGGGUACGUAGCAAGAUUGCUGGCUAGGGAAGCCAGUUCGCCGGUUCUUCCGGAGGCGCG